UUUAUAGAAAAGUUAUGCCAAUAAGGUGUCAAGAUGCGACCUGUAGAGACCAAGUAGAGGUCUAUGUUGAACAAGUAAAAAGGUACUACUGUGCUUCAUGUGCUGGGCUGUUGCAUAGUAAUAAGACUCAUGUGCAUAUACCGAAUCCUAAAGCGAGUUAUUCAUGUAUUGAGCAAGGAUAUCAUAUUUUGAAGAAAGUUAAUACAAUGAAAAAUGCUAAGAAGCUAGACGAGGUAUGGGCUAAGUUCUUACCUGAACUCAAAGAAUUCGAAUAUGAGCUGGAAGAUCUUAGAAAAAGAUAUUAUGAAAUCACAGAACGAAGAAUUUUGUUAGAGCUCCCUUCCCUCCAAAAUAAUUGCUUUGACUUCAUAACUAAACUUUACGAGUCUGAAGCUUUGCAGUCCUACUUGAGAGAACACAUGCUUCUCAGCAUGAAGCUAGAAAAAGAUGAAAUACAGUACUCUGAAAAUAAAAAGAACAAAAAUCUAAACAAAGCCGAGGUCCUUGAACUUGUGAAUGGGACAGAUCAACAUAUUGAAGGUCUUGCUCCUCCACAAAAAGCUCAUAACUCGCCUAAAUUAAAGAAAAAUUAAAUCAAAACCAAAUAUAAAGGAAGAGAUCAAAAAUGAGAACGACAAAUUAAUUAUUAAAGAAGAGAGUAAGCGUGAAGAAGAAUCUUCAAAAGAAAUUGAGGAAAUGAAAUCUGAGAUCCAAAAUCUCUCUCAAGAGCUUCAGAAUCAGAAUGAAAAUUUAAUACCCACACACGAGUCAUUCAAUGAGCUAUACCAGAAGAUAACCGGGAAAACUGGAGUUGUGUUCGAUAGUAGCUCUAACCUUACGUUCGAUCUUUCUGUCCGUACUUCUCAAACUUUACUAAAAUGCCUCCAAUUUUACAAACUUCCUGAACUUGAUAAUGUUACUAUCUCAAAUAUCCAUAAAUUCAACUGUCCAAAAAUCAUUGGUAAUUUCAUGAAGAAUGCAAUCCACCACAAGAUUAAGCAAUUUGAUUUCUUCUUCACACCAAAUUCUGUUGACAAUUUCAGCUCAAGCUUCAGUCCAAAUUACUUUGAGUCACUAAAAAAGGUAGCUUCAACCAUCUCAGAAGAUUUAUACAUCAACAACUUCACUCUGAGCCAGACCGAAUACCAAGACCUGCUUAUCGCUGCAAAAAAAUGUAAAACAAUCGAGACCCAUUACUGCUACAUAAACUUUGAAGAAGAAUGCGACUUUGGCAGCCAAUUAGAUGAUGCUCAGUUCACAUACCUUGGCCUGUACCAAGUUGGUAGUAAGAAAUAUGGUAAAUGGAAGCAAGAGGGGUUUAAGCAGUUCAGGAAUCUUAUUAAUGGGCUUGCCAAAGUGGAGUAUGUCAGAGAGACCAAGAUUGAUAUUAGGCUUGAUAACUGUGGAAUGACAAAAGCUGAAGCAAGGAAGAUGCUGGAUAGUGUGGGGUUGAAGAAGAUGAGUGCCAAAGGGGUUUCUUAGGAUUGGAUUUUAGCAGAUUUUAAUAGUGGGCCAUUCAAUGU